GGAGGCCGUCCAAACAAGCAACAAUGGGGACCUUCUAGGCGGGCGCUCGCUCUCCCGUUAACCCACACACGUAUUCCGCUUUUAUUCCAUACAUUUAUUAUUUGAGUAAAAUGCUUUGAUGUGUACCGGUGGGAAUAUUUCAGUUCUGAAAAGAGAAGAGGGAAAUAAAAAUUGUCAGCAUUCUCGCGGACGGUGCCGCGCUAAAUAGUUAUAUGGUUCUAGAGCGGUUCACGCGAGGGGGAAGGUCAGACCAGAUCGCUGUACAUUUAUGGUAGUGUUUGGGAGAAUUUUAUGUGAAAACUGAGGUGGGAAGAUGGAUUUAAGAUUGCAGUGUUUGGCUGAGAAGAGAAUGCAAGGGGACUUUUAAAUCCUAGAUAUCGCUAGUCUUUAUCUCUGUAGGAAUUUCUACCUGUUACAUUCAGUAGCAGCUUUUUAUACGACAUUGAAGUAUUGCUUUGAAACAAUUGUCAUCGGACGACCUCAGUCUAUGUGUGUGUGUGUAUCCCAGAAUUCCCUUGUAGAGGGAGGGAGGUCGUCAGCAGGAUGAAGACUCUCAGAUGACCGAUGGCCACCUUGUCUGUGUGUUUGUGUGUGGUUCUCUAUGUCUGUCUACUCCCAUCACCAGUGAAUCCAAAAUGUCUCAACAAUUCAGAAGUGACAGAGAAACGCCAGUUCUACUACAAUGCUCAGAGCUUGACCAUCAUGCUGGAGAGCAGUGGGCGGGUCUCUCAUGACAUCAUUAACAACAUACUGAAGAUUCUUCUGGAGGAGGUGGUGGGGUACAGUCGCGUGGAGGUCCAACAGGAGCAUGGUCACACAUACAAUACCACUGUGGUCCUCAACAGACUACAGGGAUGUACAGACUGCUCAAGUAGUAGGAAUCAAAUGGUACCCAAGUCAAUGGUGAACAUCGAGAUACCAGUCACCCCAGAGCUAAACACAGAAAAAUGGACGUCUUCUGGUCAUGUAGUGGAUUUGGGACAGCUGGGACCAUAUGCUAGACUUGGAAUGUUCCUUCCUGGAUACUCGUCGGAGGAGCUGUGGAGACAGGGGGUGAUUGCUAAUCACUGGAGGUCCCUAUUCCUGCCAGAGGUCAAGGACAAAUUCUCGUACAGGUCAAAGUUCUCCUCUCUUAUAAACCUGACAAUGUCGAGUGACAGUAGCGAUAAUACCAAACAUUUCUGUGAGUCCGGCUGUGACGGAGGAUUGUACUACGGCCCGUCCUGUAACAACCAACACCAGAACUGUUCAGUGCUGUUUUCAACCUACCCUGAAUAUGAUGCAGACAUUCUGAAGUCCCUGAUUACGAAGCUGGACCUCCCACUUAUUGUGGCCUGGAUAGGGGACAAUUUUAUCCCCUUUAUUUCUGAGCGUCUACAGAAGCAGCUCCCGGUUCUGUUCUUUGAUUUUGAGCCCAAUCCAUUGACAGCAACAUACAAUGUUACAAGUGUUCACCUUCCUUCAUGUGUUCCGACAGAAAACCAGUUAAUGGCGGCCUGUGAAUUCCGGUGGAAUAAUCUAGAGAAGUUUGUGUGGAAUAAAAUUCAAGUAAACAUUCCUGAGGCAGCUCAUGUGAUCUCAAAAUUAAAGUUUCCUCCGCAACAGUAUCAGGCACUCCUACAGGCUUAUUCUAAAACGUUGUCUACAGAAAAAGUGGCUUGUGAUUGGUUGAAGGACAAUGAAGUGACCUGGAGGUCGUGGAUACCACCUGAUCUAUCCCAUAAGCCCCGCAUUUUCCUCUUGGGAAUGUUUCCUCUAAGUGGUAGCCUGUGGCAACAACCGGGUCUAAAAGCAGCCGCGGAGCUGGCUGUCCGUCGAGUAAAUCUAGAUAAGGCAGUUCUUCCUAAGUACGACCUCCAGGUUCUCUACAUCGACAGUCAAUGUAAGGCUGACGUAGCCAUGAAAGAGUUCAUCAAGUACGUCCAGAACAACCACUUCGGUCCCAUCGCUGGAGUUUUAGGUCCUGCCUGUUCGGAUGAAGCAGAACCCAUCGCUUCCCUUUCUAAACAUUUCCACAUGCUGACGGUCAGCUACGGUGCUGAGUCUUCCUCCCUGUCUGACAGAGUUACUUACCCUUAUUUCUACAGGACAAUUCCUCACGCCGGUCACCACAAAUACAUCUACCAGCAAAUGUUCUCCCAGAUGGGCUGGGGGCAAGUGGGUGCCCUGGCGGAGAGGACCCAGGAUUUCCCAGAAUACCAUGUAGCUCUACAGGACUUCCUGAAGCAGCAUGGAAUCAACAUGGUGGUCAAACGGAACAUCAGAGCCAUCAACCCCAACACUGACUUCACUCAGGUGUUUGCUGACUUAAGAUCAGCCAAUGCCAGAAUUAUCAUCGCUGACUUCUUCCCAUCCACAGCCAGACUUGUCAUGUGUGAAGCUUACAAACAGAGAAUGACUGGGCAUGAGGGGUAUGUUUGGUUUCUCCCUGGUUGGUAUGAACAUGACUGGUGGGACGUGGAUUACCACAACAAACAAGUCCACCCCCAGGACGCCGUGCCCUGCGACACGGGAAUGAUGAGAUACGCUGUGGACGGACAUUUCAUGCUGUCCAAAGUGUUUUCUGGCUCCAUUAAAUCAUUAGUGAUUGGAAACCUGACAGUGGGACGGUACAAACAGCUGUACACCGAACAGAUCAGUAAACAGGGUGUAACAUCGAGUUCGUUUGCAAGCUUUGUGUACGACGCGGUGUGGGUUUAUGCCCUGGCAUUGCAUUCCUUGCUGGAGUCUGAUCCGAGUGCCGUCAAACAUUUUCAUUCAGAAAGAAACACAAGGCGUCUAGUGGCCAAUAUUGCAAGGACAAACUUCCGGGGAGCCUCAGGGGAGAUGCGUUUUGAGGGGAGUGAUCGUCCCAGUGACAUUAAUUUGAUGCAGUUCUUCCACAAUGGAACCUGUGUGAUUGGUUCUUACAAACCAGGAACUGCACUCAAAGGGGGAAAACUCCACCUUGACGUGUCCAAAAUUAAAUGGCUGACUUCUACUGGAGAAGCUCCCACUGAUGGGCAGAGAGGGAGUGAGCAUUGUGUGAUUGAGAACCUGCGGCAGUUUUUUGGAGUGACCUGUGAGAUGGCUAUCAUCAUCGCUAAUAUCAUCGGGUUCGCUUUCCUCAUUGUCCUGGUGCUGGUUGUCAUCGUCUUCAUUAAAUACAGGUAUGAUGUAAAGAUGCGCAGCACACAUGACCGUAUGAAGGAGCUAGGUCUGCUGCCCAAUGACUUUGCCAAAUGUUUUACUCUAGAUGAGUGGGAGAUGCCCAGGGACAAAGUGGUUCUGAACAGGAAGCUUGGGGAGGGGGCGUUUGGUACCGUGUAUGGUGGGGAAGCCUAUCAGGACAACGAAUUGUGGGUAGCUGUCGCGGUGAAAACACUGAAGAUUGGAUCAAGGGUGGAGGAAAAGAUUGACUUCCUGAGUGAAGCAGAGAUUAUGAAGAGAUUUCACCAUCCAAACAUCGUACAACUACUGGGAGUGUGCACUCGAGGGGAGCCGUUCAUGGCCAUCAUGGAAUUUCACCUGUACGGUGAUUUGAAGACUUACCUGCUGUCCCGUCGAAACCUAGUGGGCCUGGAGUGUAAGGAAGCGGACGAAAUCCGGCCGGAGAGACUGACCAUGAUGGCUUUAGAUAUCUCCUGUGGCCUCCGCUAUAUCCAUGACUUAAAAUACGUGCACAGAGAUCUGGCCUGUAGGAAUUGUUUGAUUCACUCCAGCGGUCGAGUGAAGAUUGGAGACUUUGGAAUGACUCGUCCAAUCAUCGAAUCCGAUUACUACAGAUUUACAAAGAAAGGCAUGCUCCCAGUCAGAUGGAUGUCCCCAGAGAGUUUAUCGGACGGCCUCUUCACGGCUAAAUCAGAUAUGUGGAGUUAUGGAGUGUUACUGUAUGAGAUUGUGACAUUUGGAAGUUUUCCUUAUCAAGGUCUGUCCAACAGCCAAGUAGUGGAGUUUGUCCGCUCUGGAUCCCGUCUGAUGCUACCUCGACAGUGUUCAGAGGACCUGUGUACAUUUAUUUACAGUUGUCUAGCCUACGAGCCCUGCGACAGACCUAACACCUGUGAGGUCAUUGACCAGCUGCUGAAGCACCCCGACUUCCUCCUCCCCUGCUUAGAUGCCCCCACAACAAGUGUGGAGGACACGGAAGACACAGAGCUUCUGACAUCAUCACAGCAUAAUACUAUCACCAAAUCCCAUUCCUUGAACCUCACAACUCUGUUAAAUCGCUUAUCUACUGCCUCCAAUGAUGGCAAGAGACUCAGUGGAGCCAGCCAAGGGGGCAAGACCCCCUCCAAGUACACCAUCAAGACGUUUGUGCCCGCCAUUCUGGGUCGCCCCAGAAGCAACAGCAUUAGCUCCCCUCAACCUAGUCAGAAAAAUCAUGAAUAUUUUGAAAUCCAUGACGAAAGUCCCUCUAAUACCUUGGUGAAAUCUCAUCGUCAUUCUCUGGAACUCCAGAGGGAACUCAUUCAAAUGGAGCCUAGCAUUUCACUGGGGGAUACAUAUCCCACCGCCGGGGAACGAACAGACACCACAAGUGAUUAUUUCAGUGACAAUUCCAAAGAGAUUGUUCAAAACCUGACAUUCGAGUUUUGUCAAACAAUUACGUCACUAUGAUUGUCAAUCAAAAUUUGUCUCAAAAAGAACUGCAUUCAAGUCCCCCCCCCCUUUCCCCCGAUAUUCCAUUUUGUACAUAGCAUUCAGUGUUCCUACAUAACAUAGCAGCUUGCCCACAUUAAUUUAUCAUGUGCCUAUCAGCCUUAGACUGAAGAAAUAAAUGGUGCUUAAUCUCCUCCCUCAGAGGACAUUGUCUCCAAAACCUGUGAUAAUUCCGUCGUCUCGACAGCGGGACGUUCAUGACCAGUUUUACGUCAUGUCAUUUGAAUUGAUUGUAUUUGUCAGGGAUACAACAUUUGAUGAAAUCUUACGUGUACAUACUAAGGCUAAGAAAAAAAAUCUUUGAUUCUUAAGCUCUAUCAUAUCAGUUCCAGAUAUUCUGAUAAGGGAGGUAACUUGAAAUUCAAUUUUAGACACAAAGUUUAAGGAUGUUAAAAGUUGCUAAAAUAAUGUAUGUAUGCAUACUCUUUAAUAAAUGGAAAGAAAACAUUGAUCAUAAAUAAUAUUAGAAUAUAAUGAAUGAUAUAGAAUAUUUCUACCGAUUUUUUUUUUUUUUUUUUUUUUUUUUUUUAGAAUUUUGACAGUUGAUGGAAGUCCAAAAUGCUUCAGGGGGGUGAAAAUGAAUAAAAAUAAACUUCACAUUAAAAUUUUAGCUGAAGAAUCAAAAGAUAAAUUAUCCAAGCCUUAAACUAUACAUUUAGUAAUAUGCAGGGAUGACUUAUGUAAAUGUACAAACAUUUCUCAUACUCAUAUGGCAUGAAUUCAUUUACAUCAAAAUGAUUGCAAUGAUGAUGUCGUGAAAAGACAAUGCUUUCAUGUAAUGAUGAGAAUGACAGUAUACAAAUGUAUGUUUGGUUUCAGAAUCUCCGAGUAUUGCAGUCCCCUAGGUGAUUUCCUGAUUUAUUGUAAGUUUUAUACAGUAAGCUUUACUAAAGAUACUUAAUGUGUCAGGGACUUUUGUUGUUUUGAUUCUUUGUUCUGAUGUACAUGGACCAGUUAACUUCACAAUUUCUCAUCAUGACAAGCAAUAAGUCUGAUUUAUUCCAUCAUUGUCACUGUGUGUACAUUUAUCAUCCUAUUAAUACCUACAAUAAACUGUUUUUGUGUG